UGGAGGCCGCGCUGGGGUCCACCAGCAGCCGACAUGGACAUCCCACCGCUGGCCGGCAAGAUCGCGGCACUGUCGCUCAGUGCCCUGCCAGUGUCCUACGCGCUCAACCACGUCUCGGCGCUCUCACACCCACUGGGAGUGGCGUUGAUGAGCGCCCUGAUCCUGGUACUGCUCUUUGUGGCUAUCUACAGCUUGUCCCAUGGUGAGAUCUCCUAUGACCCUCUCUACGCUGUGUUCGCAGUCUUCGCGUUCACCUCUGUGGUGGACCUCAUCAUCUCUCUCCAGGAAGAUGGCUAUGUGGUGGGCUUCAUGGAGUUCUACACCAAGGAGGGUGAGCCCUACCUGCGCACGGCCCACGGCGUCUUCAUCUGCUACUGGGACGGUACUGUUCACUACCUCCUCUACCUGGCCAUGGCUGGCGCCAUCUGUAGAAGGAAGAGGUACCGGAACCUUGGACUCUACUGGCUGGGCUCCUUCGUCAUGAGCAUCCUGGUAUUCCUCCCAGGAAACAUCCUCGGCAAGUACAGCUCAGAGAUCAGGCCUGCCUUCUUCCUCACCAUCCCCUACAUGCUGGUUCCAUGCUGGGCCGGCAUGAGGGUCUUCAACCAGUCCCAGGCACCCACCUGCUGCACCCCUCACAUGGUUCAAGAAGAGCAGAGAAAGGGUCUCCUGCAGCGGCCAGCAGACCUGGCACUUGUCAUAUACCUUGCCCUUGCUGGGUUCUUCACCCUAUUCCGAGGCCUGGUGGUGCUUGACUGCCCCACGGAUGCCUGCUUUGUCUAUAUCUACCAGUAUGAGCCAUACCUGCGGGAUCCAGUGGCCUAUCCAAAGGUGCAGAUGCUGGUGUACAUGUUCUACGUGCUGCCCUUCUACUGCCUGGCCGCCUAUGCCCUCAUCUUCCCUGGCUGCUCCUGGCUGCCUGACUGGGCCCUGGUGUUUGCUGGAGCCGUUGGCCAGGCACAGUUCUCACACAUGGGCGCCUCGCUGCACCUGCGUACGCCCUUCACCUACCGUGUGCCUGAGGAUGCCUGGGCCUGCUUCUUUGUGUGCAACCUGCUCUACGCCUUGGGCCCCCACCUGCUUGCCUACCGCUGCCUGCGGCGGCCCGCCUUCUUCCUGCGUCAGCCACCCCCUGGCCCCCUGGCCCACCACAAGAAGCAGCACUGAGGGGGCACCAGGCUGCUCAGGACUCGUUUUUACACAUCCAGCUGGGUUUGGCCCAGGAA